UCGCAGUUCCAAGCAAGACGUUGAGUGAGCGGCAACUUGUGUGCUUGUCGUUUUUCUAUAAAUUGAGCAUACGCCAUAUUAAGUAUACGCCACAUAAUGUCAGUUUUUUCAAAGAUAUUGUCGCGCAGCGCUGUGGAUCAAGUGCGUCAGUACAGCGCCGCAGCACAGUCCCAGCUGCGCGAAGUGCUCGGCAACCAGUUGAGCGGCAUCAAGGAGGCGGGCACCUUUAAGGCGGAGCGCAUCAUAACAUCCUCGCAGAGCACGCAAAUAACGGUGCAGGGCAGCGAUAAGAAAAUACUCAACUUUUGUGCCAACAACUAUUUAGGACUGGCAAACAAUCCGGAGAUAGUGAAGUACAGUCAGCAGCUAUUGUCGGAAUAUGGUGCUGGACUCAGCUCAGUGCGAUUCAUCUGCGGCACGCAGGACAUUCAUAAGAAAUUGGAACAAAAGAUAGCACAGUUCCAUGGACGCGAGGAUACCAUACUCUAUGCAUCCUGUUUUGAUGCCAAUGCGGGUAUUUUUGAAGCCAUACUAACGCCCGAGGAUGCGGUGUUCUCGGACGAACUGAACCACGCGUCCAUUAUUGAUGGCAUACGCCUCUGCAAGGCCAAGAAGCAACGUUAUAAGCAUCGCAACUUGGCUGAUCUGGAGCAGCAGCUGCGUUCUACGGACGCACGCCUCAAACUGAUUGCCACCGAUGGUGUGUUCUCCAUGGACGGCAAUAUAGCGCCGCUGGCACGCAUUGUCGAGCUGGCCAAGAAGUACAACGCGCUGGUCUUUGUGGAUGAAUGCCAUGCGACGGGCUUCUUUGGCGCCACGGGUCGCGGCACGGAGGAGUAUGACAAUGUUAUGGGCGAGGUGGAUAUUAUCAACUCUACGCUGGGCAAGGCUUUGGGUGGUGCCUCAGGUGGUUACACAACCGGUCCCGCCGAGCUCAUCUCCUUCCUGCGCCAGAAAUCGCGGCCAUAUCUAUUCUCCAAUACGCUGCCACCCGCUGUAGUCGGCGUGGGCCUAAAGGUCAUGGAUAUGCUGCUCAGCUCCAGUGAACUAACCCAACGCGUGCAGAGCAAUACACAGCGAUUCCGCGAGGCUAUGACCAAGGCUGGCUUCACCAUUGCCGGCGAAAAUCAUCCCAUCUGUCCCGUCAUGCUGGGCGAUGCGCGCUUAGCCUCAACCUUUGCCGAUGAAAUGCUGACUCGUGGCAUUUAUGUAAUUGGCUUCAGUUACCCGGUGGUGCCAGAGGGCAAAGCACGCAUACGAGUUCAGAUCUCCGCUGCUCAUACGGAGGCUGAAAUUGAUCAUGCCAUUGCUGCUUUCAUUGAGGUCGGACGCUCUCUCAAGGUUAUCAAGUAAUGUGUGACAAGAGUUCCAAGAAGUGUUCAAGUAUUGUGGCCUGCUGCAUUUAUUAACUAUAAAUCGAAUUGUUGACAUUUAUAAAAGUAAUUGGUGAAUUGAAAUGCAAGGAA